UGGCACCCGCUGCUUGUCAGCCGAGAAGCAACAGACGCCGAACACCGACAUUUUGCUAUAGUACCAGUAGGAGGGAUUACCUACAAGUUCACAUGAGCUGUGCGCCUCUCGAUGAUCUCUUUUGGUGUCAGACACGCCAGCCUGUGUCCGCUGCCUGCCUGGAUGCAGGCAGGUCAGUGUACUGCUGCUUUUUGAACGAGUAUCAAGUGGUGUCGGCCACGAUAUAGUCAAUCUCGCUAAUGUCAAAAACCAACGACUCUGUCGCCAUCGAGGAGGGCGAGAUCGUCGUUCCUCAAUACGGCCCUGAGCGCGAUGCCAUUACCAGGCGUCUCCUGCGCAAGCUCGACAUCCGUCUUGUUCCGUACAUGGCACUCCUGUACAUGUUCAACGCCCUGGAUCGCGGCAACAUCGGUAACGCGCGCCUCGGUGGCCUCGAGGAGGGCACGCACCUCACCGGCAACGACUUUUACAACGCGCUCUCCUUCUUCUACUUUGGCUACUGCAUCUCGCAGGUACCCAACAUGUUUUUGCUCAAGAAAGUCAGCCCGUCGGUGCUGAUCGGCGUGACCAUGGUGCUGUGGGGCGUCUGCUCGACGUCUAUGGCCGCAUGCAAAAGCUAUUCUGGUUUAGUUGCUGCGCGCUUCUUCAUGGGCAUAUUCGAAGCCGGCAUUGGGCCUGGAGCACCUAUCAUUCUGUCGUUCUUUUACCUGCGCAACGAACUCGCAUGGCGCACGGCCAUGUUCUACGGCAGCUCAACUAUUGCUGGCGCCUUUGGCGGAGCGAUUGCCUACGGCGUGGCCAAGAACCUGGCGCACGAGAAGCUAGCACCCUGGCAGUUGCUGUUCAUUAUUGAGGGUAUUCCGACGAUUGCGCUGGGCUUGGUCACUAUCUUCUUCUUGCCCAACUCUCCCCACAAGCUCGAGAAGUGGUUCGUGACGCCCGAGGAGAAGCAGGUGGCCAUUGAGCGUGGACGCUCGGGGCUCAACACCGACAACACUGUCUUGGACAAGCGCCAGCUGAUUGCUGCCUUCAAGGACUACAAGAACCUCUUCACAUGUCUGAUCUAUAUCGGCCUGAACAUCCCGCUAGCCUCGUACACGUCGUUCUUGCCCACGAUUGUCAAGAACAUGGGGUACUCGGAUGCCAAGGCCCAGCUGAUGACUGUUCCGCCAUAUGCGUGCGCGCUGGUUACUGUGCUGCUGUUUGCAUGGAACUCCGACCGUACUCAGCGCCGUGGCUACCAUGUUGCUGGCGCUGCUUCGAUCACCUGCCUUGGCUAUAUCCUGCUGAUCUCGUCGGGCAACCUGCACGCCAACUACGCCGGUGCCUGCUUUGUUGCCAUGGGUCUGUACCCGAUCGUGCCGCUGAUGCUGUCAUGGGUAGCCAACAACAAUGUUGGACACACGAAGCGCGCUAUUAGUGUUGCCUUGCUUAACACGUUUGGCCAGUGCUUCGCAACCGUAGGCACGCAGAUUUACAAGACCAAAACAGCACCGCGCUUCUUCAUGGGCUACGGGGUGUGCCUGGCGUUCAGCUUCCUGAUGAUCGUCGUGGCGCUGUCUCUGUCGCAUGUUCUUCGGCGCGAGAACGCUCGCAGAGACGCCGAGUUUGGCGAGCCCAAACCGCUGUCCCCAGAGGAGCAGGCCGAGGCCGGUUCAGAAUGGAAUCUACGACGACCACCCGAGCUUCCGGUUCUACAUCUAAUAUGAAUUCCAAUAGUGCGACAUCUA